UUUUUUUUCUGUUUUGUUGUAGCAACGAGUUUAUUAUUCAGCCUCGGGACAUCGUUGCGAAAGGAGGUUGCUUAAACCAGGCAAGUGGAAACAACACACAAAUUAUUAAUUUAUAAACGAAUUUCAAAAUAAAUUAAGGGAUCCGCCUAGUCAGAGGAGUAUUCGUGUUAGUGAUGAUAAGUGCGACGCUCACUGGUGCUUCUAGGCUCAAGGCUGUGAACUGGCGCGCAAUAUUCUCGUCGUGCAUAGGGCGAUUAUGAGAUAUGAGCGGUUACGUUAACAUUAUAUGCGCAGCAAUGAAGAUGAAGGUAUAAUUUCCCUUGAGUGCUUGCUUUCAAGAAUCUCUACCAGAUGUUUUAUGCCUAAAAAUUAUUCUGAAAACAUGCGUUUUAGAAUUUUUCACUUUUCUAAACAUACCGUUUAAAAACGAAAUACGAGAAUAAGACUACUCAUUCGCCCAUAGCAAAUUAUUAAGUUAUUUAUUAAUUAUUAAGAAUUAUUAAGGGUAUUAACAAAAUAGGAAUAGAUUAAUUUAACUUUGUGAAGAUAAUGUACAUAUUUCAGAUGAAUGAAAGAAUGUUCCGGCCAACUUUCAGAUUACUAAAAGGCAAUAUACUGGACGGACAGUAGAUAAAAGUCUGUAUUUCUUGGCAAGGCGAGCUUUAUUUCCCGUACGUAAAAAAAACUUCGAAAGCGAUUAUCAAUUUUCAAAAUGUUUGAAAACGUGUAAAUGAAUACGUCUGAUCAUAUUAAUUUGUGAGAAUCGCCUUAAACAAAUGCUAAUCAUAUUAACACCAAACUAACAAACUAUAUUCCAUCCUCAGGAUGAAGUGCAGUUGGUUAUCUCCAGAAGACAUGGCGUCAUCCAUGCGGCCAUCUGUGUGGAUCCUGGCCGUCUUUGGAAUCACGACACGAAGAAGCAUACCGUCGGUCAUCUGCACCAUCCUCAUGGGGUCAUUCAUUACAGUGGAGUCCGUGAACGAAGCCAUGAAAACAGUCUUCUCUAACCAUCCCGAUUUGUUGUACAUCUCAGUAUACCUUUCGGGGUGGAUAGUGAACUGCUUAACUGCGACUUCCUUCCUCAUCUGGCAGUUCCGUGGCACCGAAGUUUUUAAAAGAAUGUCCUCUAAGAUAACCGAGAUGGAUCAAAUGUUGCUGGAAGAUCCAAUGGAUUGUUACCAGAAAACUACUAUCAUCCAAAUGAUCGUGAUGCCUCUUUCGAUCGCAUUCGUUGCCGGUUUGUGCUACUUAUUUGUUUCUACUUCUACUCGAGCAGACACCACGUUUCCUUUUAAAACUAUUUUAUUCACCAGUAUCACCACGAUCAACGUAUUGAGCACAAUUCAUUUUACUCUUCUUGCACUGUGUUUGCGGCAUCGGUUUAGAGCCAUCAACCAAAUCAUCGAAAGUUUUGCCGACAAAGACGAAUCAUUAAUUUUCACUAUCCCUAGAAUGGAAAAUUUAUUUACAAGAAGAACCCGUCGGGCUCAAAUAAUAAUUUUGCUCAGAAAAAUGCACUUUGCUUUAGCUGAGAUGGUUUCAUCGCUGAACUCCGUGUAUGGUUUCCCGCUUAUGCUGCACAUAACGGCCCAAUUCGUCAGGUUCGUUACAUUUUCUUGUCAGUUGAUUCGACCAAACGUGACCGUCGAAUACACAGAAAUUCGUGCUGCAUAUUACGUUUUCUUGGCGUUCGAUUUUCUUCAGCUGUUGCUACUCACGUCCGCUUGCGAAAUGACCAGCUCAGAGGCGCAUGGGACGGACUUCUUUGUUCUGAAGGUCCUCCUGAGUGGCAACGAGGAUCAACUGGAAGUCCAACAACUGAACAUUUUUCUUCGUGAAGUUUACAACCGUCGAGUUGUAUUCAGAGUGUUCAAGUGCUUCACUCUCGAUUCCAGUUUUAUGUGUGGAUUUAUAGGUGCUGUUAUCUCUUACAUAGUCCUGUUGCUUCAGAACACUGCUUAAAAAAGUAGUUGAUCACACAGUAAAUUGUUAGCUUUAG